ACCAUGAAAAUGAUUCUGGUGCGCAGGUUCCGCGUGCUCAUCCUGAUGGCCUUCCUGGCGGCUUGCGCGCUGCACCUCGUGCUGGAUCUGCUGCCCAAGCUGGAGCGGAGCGCCGCGCGGCCCUCGGGGGAGCCCGGCUGCUCCUGCGCGCAGCCCGCGGCGGAGGCGGCAGCCCCCGGAUGGGCCCAGGCGCGCGGACACCCCGGAGGGGAGCUGGCGGCCGCAGCCUCCGCCGCCGGCGACGCGGGCUGGCCCAACAAGCACACGCUGCGCAUCCUACAGGACUUCAGCUCCGACCCUUCCUCCAACCUCACGUCCCACUCGCUUGAGAAACUGCCCCCCGCAGCCGAACCGGCCGAGGGCGCCCCGCCGGGACAGGAUCCCGGCGUCCCGCGUCCCCCAGACCCGGCUCACCGGCGGCUCCUCCCGGACUCCGGCCCGCGUGGACCUGUGCCGCCCCCUGGCCUGAGCCAGGACGGCUCCCUCCUAGCCAGGCUGUUCCAGCACCCGCUGUACCAGGCCCCCAUUCCACCUCUAACGGAGGGCGAUGUCCUCUUCAACGUGAACAGUGACAUCAGGUUCAACCCCAAGGCAGCGACGGGGGAGAACCCAGACUGGCCACAUGAAGGUCCUGAGGAUGGAUUCCUGCCCACCGGGGAGGCGGCCGUGGACUCCUAUCCCAACUGGCUCAAAUUCCACAUCGGCAUCAACCGAUAUGAGUUGUACUCUCGACACAACCCAGCAGUGGAGGCCCUGCUCCGUGACCUGGGCACCCAGAAGAUCACCAGUGUGGCCAUGAAGUCGGGCGGCACACAGCUCAAGCUCAUCAUGACUUUCCAGAACUACGGGCAGGCGCUGUUCAAACCCAUGAAGCAAACAAGGGAGCAGGAGACGCCUCCCGACUUCUUCUACUUCUCUGACUACGAGAGGCACAAUGCGGAGAUCGCCGCCUUCCACCUGGACAGGAUCCUGGAUUUCCGCCGGGUCCCUCCCGUGGCCGGCAGGCUGGUCAACAUGACUAAGGAGAUCCGAGACGUCACGAGGGACAAGAAGCUGUGGAGAACCUUCUUCAUCUCCCCAGGUGCCCCCUCCCAAGGCUGGACCACGAGGAACCCCUCCUACAUCCUGGGGCUUUUGUCGCUUGUAUUUCGUCUUGGAACAUUUUGCAUUGUCCCAGUGAUGCCGGCACAGUGGAGUGGAGUGACCCAGCUGGGCCACCAAGACCCCACAGGGUGUGGCCCUGUUCCCCGACCCCACAGAGACGCCUCAGCCGUGCCAGGCACCUGCCCAGCCAGUUCACACAGACAGAAUCCACACGAAGCCCUGCACUCGCCGAGUCUAAAGAUCCGCUGGCCCAGAAGCCCCUUCCUUGUAGCCAACAACAUCUGCUUCUAUGGGGAGUGCUCGUACUACUGCUCUACGGAACACGCCCUGUGCGGGAAGCCGGACCAGAUCGAGGGCUCGCUGGCCGCCUUCCUGCCCGACCUGUCCCUGGCCAAGAGGAAGACCUGGCGGAACCCCUGGCGACGCUCAUACCACAAGCGCAAGAAGGCAGAGUGGGAAGUGGACCCUGACUACUGCGAGGAGGUGAAACAGACACCCCCCUACGACAGCAGCCACCGCAUCUUGGAUGUCAUGGACAUGACCAUCUUCGACUUCCUCAUGGGAAACAUGGACCGCCAUCACUACGAGACCUUCGAGAAGUUCGGGAACGAGACAUUUAUCAUCCACUUGGACAACGGGAGAGGGUUUGGGAAGCACUCUCACGACGAGCUGUCCAUCCUGGUGCCUCUACAGCAGUGCUGCAGGAUCCGGAGGUCCACGUACCUGCGGCUGCAGCUCCUGGCCAAGGAGGAGCACCGGCUGAGUCUGCUGAUGGCCGAGUCCCUGCACGCGGACCGCGUGGCCCCCGUGCUGUUCCAGCCGCACCUGGAGGCGCUGGACCGGCGGCUGCGCAUCGUGCUGCGGGCGGUCAGGGACUGCGUGGAGAAGGACGGGCUGCACAGCGUCGUGGAGGACGACCUGGGCCCCGAGCACAGAGCCGCGGCCGGGAGGUAGUGAACGCGGGCCGCAGCCAGGCCAGCCGCCCGGGACAUGAGCCCGCAUGGGCAGACGGCUGCCGGGGCACGUGCCUCACUUCAGACCCGGGCAGCCAGGGGCGCACGCUGUGCCCACGGACAGAGGCGGCCUGGUGGUGGGCCAGCACCCUUUUGUACGGAAAGGAAGCCUUUACUUACGAUUUUGUAUUUAUACCUGGUGUAAAUGUACAUACAUAGAGAUGUCAUCUGUACAGACCCUGACCACCCCACAGGUCACAUAUGGGGGCCACCCAGCUGGUCUAGAUGGUCCUGAGAAGGGCUCCCACUCUGGACUGAGCUCGCAGUAGAAACUCUUCUCCCUUCUCGGGGCCACAGGAGGCUCCUGGGGCCCUCACAGACUCGCGUCAAGGGAUGAACACCGCGUGGGUUUCGAAGUGAAGGACCAGCCGUCCCCCAGCCGCCGCGCUGACCUCAUGGCACUGUCUGGAGCUGGUGCACAUGCGACCGGUCAUGCGGCUGGCUACCUUCAAGGCAUUUUCGUGGAAUAGUUUGCAAUGUGGUAAAAGUGCAAUAAAGAUUCAGCAAAUAUGA